CUUAUAUAUCAAGCAACUAGCUACUUGUGGGACCUAAUCUAACUUUCUACAAAGAAUCUCGUGAAACCCAAAAUCUCUCUCAACCCAAAUCGAUCAUUCUAGAAUCUCAUGACUCAAUCCAUGUCUCACAAACCCUCCAUUGACUCAUGCGUGUUACACCUCCGUAACUGGAAACCCUUCCAUCUUCACCAAAAAACCCCACCCUUAGACACCCCCCACAACAACAACAAACGACCUUGUCUCUCCGACCGAACCACCACUUCUUUUUCCCUCGACCUCUCCAAACUAACCCUCGCCGAUGAAGACAGACCAGUUAACAGAACCGGCAGUUACCGUCUCGUCGCGCGCAAGAGACGCCGUCGUGGCUCCAGAUCUGUUUCCGGCCGUAGUAGCGAUCGGAGUGCUACCAGGCGAUGCUGUUCCGUUGGGGCUUCUGCUGCUUAUGGAACUUGCUCUGAUUUUCCGGUGGCUAUGGGGACGGAUUCGAGUGGGGAGCUUUUUGGUAAUGGGGAUGCGAAUUGGUCUUCUGAUGUGAGUGAAGCUAAAAAUUCGAGGGAUUGUGGGAGUGGGGAGAAGGAGAAGGAGAAUGUGGGUGUUGGGUUUGGGGUCAAUGGCUGUUCUGAUGCGAAUGGGAAUGAAUCUGGGUAUGGGAGUGAACCGGGUUAUCGCGGAGAUGCUGAAUUUGGGUAUGGGGAUGAGUUUGAUGAAGAAGAGGAUGAUCACAGAGUCUUGUUUUGGGGAAACCAACUCGGAGGAGGUACAGAUUCAAAAAUGGAGAUGGUUGGGGAAAACACCUUGCUAGAUCAAAAAUCUCAUCAUAGAUGCCGCCGUAGAAAGAAUGAUUGUAGAAUGAUUGAUGCGUUAAGGUGAUGAUUGCACACAAUUUUACCCUUCCCUUCAAAAGGAGACUGGGAUUGGCUUCUUUUUGUGCAUAUGAAUGAACUAUGUCAUCUUCGUCCUGACCCAUUUGCCAAACCAAUAUAUAUCCUUUGUAUUUUAGAUGCCAUGUGAUAUUUGGUUUGGGAUCAUUCAAGUUCUUAACCAUCUGAUCCAGUUGUUUGGGAUUUGGUACAUGUGUAACACUUUUAAUCUCAGUCAUUAAAAAUUCAAAGAAAAAGAUUUGAAACCAAAAAUCUAAGUAUUACCUUUGAUGUUGCUAGCAAACAAAACUAUAUGAUACUCAAGUUUGGAUUA